AUGUGGUUGUUGCCGGUUCUACUGAGUCUAUCAUGCUUCGGUGAUGCUCGUGCAUCCAAAGAUGAAGAUGGCCUGCCGAAGAAUGCUUCUAAUACUCCUGGAUAUGCGCUCGCAUCAGAAAUGCUUCUGAAGUCCAUAAAUUUUUCGGUCGACCCGUGCAUGGAUUUUUUCGAGUUCACAUGUGGAAAUUGGGUUGUAGCUAAUCCGAUUCCUAAUCACGAAUCAAGCUAUACACAGUUGGAAAAACUCUCUGACAAAGUUCAAGAACAGAUGAGAGGUUUGUUCGAAUCCUCAGAGAUGUUCCCCUCAAGGUCCAUGAAUGCGCUGAAACUUAUCUACCAAAAAUGUAUGGAUAAGAAGGAAUUGAAUAAGAUUGGCUCUAGGCGGCUGCUGCAAACCAUAGGGAGUUACGGAGUAUGGCCGAUGAUUGAAGGCGAUGACAAAUUUCGAGUGGAAGACUUUGACCUGACGUCGCUGAUGAUUCACCUUACUAAAGUCAGAGAACUGCACGUCUUUGUGGCUAACUAUCCUUAUUUUGACAGCAAAAAUGUCUCGAGAAGACUCAUUCACUUUGAUCAAGCGAAUCUUGGUUUGGGAGAGUCGACGCGUGAUUAUUACUUGGAUCAAGUCAAGUAUGACAAAAAAAUCGAAGCCUACAGGCAGCUCCUUAUAGACGUGAUAAAAUUGAUCAACGAGUAUGAUGAUCGCCCCAACAAAAACGAGAAAAUCGCUCAAGAUGUGGACGAGAUCAUCGACUUUGAGACGAAGAUCGCCAAGAUCAUGGUAGCAGAUGAAGAUCGGCGGGACAACUUUAGAAGUUACAAUCUUCGGCACCUUAGCGAUAUGCAGAAUCUCAUGCCUAUGAUUGAUUGGUCCAGAUACUUCUAUUCCAUUUUACCCCACUCUGUUCACAAAUAUAUUGCAAACGAUCCGAAUGUCGUGAUCAUUGAGAUCGAUUAUAUGAGAAGGAUCACAGAGCUACUGCGGUCAACGGACCCUCGAGUCAUUACCAAUUAUGUAUUUACUCGUUUCACUUCUUUAUGGGAGGAAGAGCUCGGAGAGCGAUUCGACGAUGUCCUUCAGGUUUGA